AUGUCGGUAAACUUCGGCUCAUGGAUGGCCUACGGAAUGCCCAUGUCUCUACUCUGCUUGAUUGCUACGUGGAUUGUUAUAUGCCUAAUAUUCCUCGGACCCAAGGCUUUCUUCAAAUGCGGCCGAGGGAAGAAGAAGGACACGCCGGAGGAACCCCCUACAGAAUUCAUUAGUUUACCGACCACGUCCAAGAGCACAGAUAAGCUGCAGGAGCUUGAAGCCAACUGCGAGCAAGAAGAAGACGAAGGCGAUGAUGAUGAAAUUCCUUUGGAUAUAGUUGUAAUCGUUAAAAAGAUUGCUGCAGAAGAACGCCGAGUUCUAGGUCCUAUGAAGUAA